AUGUCCGAUCAGCAUAAAAGAGUUCACCCCAAAGAUCCCGAUGAAAGUCGAUCACCACGAAACGGGAAGUGCUCCAAAGAUGACGUUGCUUUUGAUUUGGAGAGAUUGAUUUUGGAGAAUCGUUCAUUCAACGACGAGAGAGACAACAUUUAUGAAAAGAUUGCAGAGUAUAUCAAAGGAACGGACGUGGUUUCAGUAAGCGUCGAAGAGUACAUCAACCUUCACGCACCGUAUCUAUCCCAAGAAAUUCAUAGAGGUAUUGGAGCCAACGUCUGGGCGACUGAAUUCGCAAAGGCGAAAUUGGGUGAAGUCUAUCCCGAUUGGGAUGUCCCACGUGAAAACGAUCCUAGACUUCCGAAACCGUCUUGGGAAAUGACAAAAGAAGAAGAAGAGAAGAUCCUUGGUCCUAUUGACGAAUACGAUCUGAUAACAGAUGCAUCUCUGCUGAAUGAAGAUAUUCCUGAAGCUCCAGUUGAUCCAAAUAUUCCAACAACUUCAGUUCCAAGACGACCAACAAUGUUUCUGUCUGUGAAGGAUGUGGAUAGACAACGAGAUAGACGGAGAGAAUGGGAAGAUGAUGUUGGAGAAGAUGGACUUCAGAAGUUGGUGAUUCGAGAGGCCGAGGAGACUGGAUCCAAUUCUCGAAAUGUUCCAAAAAAGAAACGACGAGUCCCAUAA